AUGCCAAAAUAUCGGAUGAUGAAGCUUAUGGAGGAAUCCAACGGUGCUUCUGGAGAAUAUCCAGAAUACGGUGCAAUUUUCAUGUCUAAUUGCUCCACCAGAAAGGAAUGCCUUAAGCGAGAACUUUUCGGUUUGCCAAUUGGGCAAGCCGACUUUGUAAAACAGGUCAAAGCUGGGAUGGUAUUGUUUUUGUUUGAAUUUGAGAGUAGAGAGCUACAUGGUGUAUUUCAGGCAUGCUCUGAUGGUGCAAUAAACAUUGAGCCAUAUGCAUUCCACUACUCUGGGAAACAGUUUCCCGCUCAGGUCAAGUUUACUGAGAUGUGGCAUUGUAGGCCCCUUCGUGAAAGCGAGUUUCGUGAUGCUAUCAGUGAAAAUUACUUUACGGCAAAGAAGUUCAAUUUUGGACUAUCAAAGGCUCAGGUUCAAAGGCUAUUGAAGUUGUUUAGCUUGAAGAAAGUAGAGAGAUCACGACUGAGAAAAACUGAAGCUGCAAAACCCACAAGAAAAUCUGCAAAGAGUAUGGGAAAUACAGCUGGUGACCGUGGCUUUGGGAAUCGUUGUGCAGGAGAAACUGAUGGAGAUGUUGACCUUGAGAUGCCCUACAGAGUCACAUCUGCAGGCGAUCUUGUUGGUCGUAGGUUAACAGAAAAUUAUGAUCUUGGGAAUAAAUCUGAUAUUGGCAUAGAGUAUGAUUCAACUCAAGGGAAUGUGUACUCCAGAGAGACAUCUGAGGUUGGUAGGAGACUCGUUGAUCCCAAAUUGCAUGGGUCAAAGGAUAUAGUAGGAGAUGACUUUAGCAUGAGUAAUAGCUUUGGGAGAGAUGCUUUAAAUAGUAAUUCUAUAGUACAUGAUCAAAGAGCCCCAAAGAACUUGAGACACACUACAAGUGGCUGGUUAAAAGACGAGUACCAUGAAAAGGAUGGUGGUACUGCACAGGCGAGUUUAUGGUCUAACUACGAGGAACGCCUUAAUUUUGAGGCAGAUCCAGUGGUUCCUGCUCAAAGCACAGUACGUCUAGAAUCACCAUAUGGAACAAACACAGGAUACUAUGACCCUUGUAAUCCUGGGAUCAUGGGAGAUGCAAUGAUGAAAAGCUCUAGGCUUGAUUUUGGUGCACCUGAUGUUGAUUCAAUGGGCUCAGCUUCCUUUAUAGCCAACUCAAAUCAUGUUUUGAAAGAAGAAUUUAUACCUGGUGGUGGAUAUGUCAGUGACACCUUGUCAUCUGAGACAGUCCAACCAUUUGCUGAUAAGCAUAAUGGUGCAAGCAUGAACAGGACUGGUCGUCUGGGCUUGGAUCUCUAUAUUCCAAUGCCUACUGAAUAUCCUGAAUACCAAACUAGUACCGGCAUGAUUGAAGUUGCUUGUUCUGAAUCUGCAUCUAGAAAUGAUCAUCUGCGUCAUUCUCAGUUUCCUGAUCUCUUAACUUCCGCAGGGGCCAUUGAGAACACAAGGAACUUUGAGGGACUGUCUUACUCCAGCCACAACAUCUUCCCUUCCUUUGCUUAUCCUUUACCAUCAAGGGAUCUGUCUCCUAAAGACGGAGUUAACAAUGACAUUUCAGCAUAUCAACACCAGGAAGAAUUUGGAGGUCCUGUUUCUUAUUCAAAUGAUAGGGUGGUUCGGGAUUCGCAAAUUUACCCUUCUUUUACUUAUCCUUCAACAUCAGGGGAUGGAGUUGAUUUGUACCCAGAGAACAGACCUAAGAACCAAGGUCAAACUUAUCAACAUCGUGAAGAAUUUGGUGGUGAUGCUUUUGACCCUUACAAUAGGGUUAUUCGAAUGGAAGAUCAUGUUAAUCCCGCUGAACUUGAAAGAAAGAGAGCUAGAAAGAGCGUCUUCAGUAGGCUGGAUUUGCCUUCAAAAGAACGUGAUGCUGAAAAGGAUACUUCUCCGGACAAUGAAUCAGUCGAUGAGGUCAUGGCCUUUCUAAACGAUUGUCGCAAACAUUGGAUGGAGCCAAAAAGAUCAAAGAUGAGUAAUCCCGAGUAUUUUGGAAAUCAAAAGAAGAAAAAGGAAAAUAGUCAUAAAAGAGAGGUACUUGACAAUGAUUUGAUGCUUCCUUUAACUGAGACUACUCCAGACGAUCCGUCGGAUUGUGAAGAAAGUAUGGAACAUAAUGCUCAAAAGCUACCAUUCAUUGAUUUCCAGCGUCGUAGCAAAGCUCAAAAGGCCUAUGGUAAUCCAACUCAAGGGCGUAAAGGCAGCCCCGAGCAUUCAGCUCUACCAAACAAGAAAAGGAAGCUGCUGAGGCCAAAACUCAUUGAAGAUAACUCGGAAAAGGAUGGAGGAAACAAUGAUAAUCCUAUCGAAAAUAUCUUGGCCUCACAGUCAGCUAGUGAAGUCCCCGUGCAUGCCUUCCUUGGAAGGGAGGAUCAAUAA